UUUUGUAAGACAGCGGAGCGGCGCGCAGCGCGAUCCUCCUCAGACCUGCAGUUGUGUUCUUGUGCAAUGGACGGCCGCCUAGACGCCACUGAGUUGUACCCUCUGGGAUCCGGCUACGUCCCUGAAAUCGACAGUGUCCAUGACAUAUCAGUUGGCACAAAGAGGGGAUCCGACGAACUCUUUACUUCCUGCAUAACCAACGGACCCUAUAUCAUGAACUCAGCCAAUGGCAACGACAGCAAAAAAUUCAAAGGUGAUGUCCGCAGUCCUGGUGUACCAUCACGUGUGGUCCAUGUACGUAAGCUGCCCAACGACAUCAAUGAGGCUGAAGUAAUAAGCCUGGGACUGCCUUUUGGAAAGGUCACUAAUCUGCUCAUGUUGAAAGGGAAAAACCAGGCCUUCUUGGAGUUUGGCAGUGAGGAGUGUGCACAGACGAUGGUGAGCUACUACUCUUCUGUGACUCCCGUCAUCAGAAACCACCCCAUUUACAUGCAAUAUUCAACUCAUAAAGAGCUCAAGACGGAUAACUCCCCCAACCAAGUGCGUGCCCAGGCAGCUCUGCAGGCAGUCAAUGCUCUACAUGGGGGUGGGAUAGGAAACAUGGCCAUCGCUGCAGAUGCUGGUAGCAUGGGAGGACCAGCAUCAUCCCAAAGCCCUGUACUCAGAGUCAUCGUGGAAAACCUCUUCUAUCCUGUCACUCUGGAUGUUCUACACCAGAUUUUUUCUAAGUUUGGUACCGUGCUGAAAAUCAUCACUUUCACCAAGAACAACCAGUUUCAGGCUCUAAUCCAGUAUGCUGAUGCCAUGACAGCUCAGCACUCUAAACUGUCUUUGGAUGGCCAGAACAUCUACAAUGCUUGCUGUACCCUGAGAAUCAGCUUCUCCAAGCUCACCAGCCUCAACGUCAAAUACAACAACGACAAGAGCAGGGACUACACCCGCCCGGAUCUUCCUACUACAGAUUCACAGCACUCCCUUGACCAGCAGGCCAUGGCAGCUGCUGCAUUUGCCGCACCAGGAAUAAUUUCAGCCUCUCCUUAUGGUGGAGCUCAUGCCUUUCCCCCAGCCUUCACUAUCCAGCAGGCAGCUGGUCUGUCCAUGCCUGGUAUUCCCAGCGCUCUUGCAUCUCUUGGUGUGGGCCACAGCGGCAUGGCGGCUGCUGCAGCUGCAGCAGCGGCCAGCCGCCUUGGCUUAUCAGGGCUCACUGCCACUGGUGGACACAAUGUCAUGUUGGUCAGCAAUUUGAACCCUGAGAGCGUUACGCCACACUGCCUCUUUAUUCUUUUCGGUGUGUAUGGCGAUGUGAUGAGAGUGAAGAUCCUGUUCAAUAAAAAGGAGAACGCUUUAGUCCAGAUGUCUGAUGGCACACAGGCUCAACUAGCAAUGAGCCACUUGAAUGGCCAGCGUCUCCAUGGCAGAGCCAUGCGUGUGACGUUGUCCAAACACACAACAGUCCAGCUGCCGCGGGAGGGUCACGAGGACCAGGGACUCACAAAGGAUUACAGCAACUCUCCGCUGCAUCGUUUCAAGAAGCCUGGCUCCAAAAAUUACUCCAACAUCUUCCCACCUUCUGCAACGCUCCACCUCUCAAACAUACCGCCUUCGGUGGUGGAGGAUGAUCUCAGGAGACUAUUUGGCAGCUCAGGAGCCACAGUCAAAGCCUUUAAGUUCUUUCAAAAGGACAGAAAGAUGGCCCUGAUCCAGAUGGGCUCAGUCGAGGAGGCAAUCGAGUCCCUCAUUGAGUUCCACAACCAUGAUCUGGGGGAGAACCAUCACCUUCGAGUGUCUUUCUCAAAGUCCACCAUCUGAGUGCCUUUCCUUCCACCCUCCAAGCCUGUUACCAUCUGAAUGCUACGACUCUCAAGGUCGCCUUCAGUGGAUAAGGCCUUCAUAACAAAUUUAUAGUGAUGUUUUGUUUUGGUUCUGCUUUUGGAGAAUGUUGCUCUUUUAAUUCCUCCCACAAGUUGUCAUUUUUGGGGUUUGGGCAGCAAAUAAAUCAUACUGCCUUUUAUUUUGGUUCUUAUUACCAGUUCCAACUCCUGAGCCACCGAUAUUUCUUUGGAAAAAAAUAUUUCUUUGAUUUAUACUGUUGCAUUUGGCAUCAAAAACAAGGUAAUUUGAAUUAAGAUACAGACGAAUGUGAUUGUUCUUCAUCGGCAAGAACAGAGUGGCUCCUUUACAUCUUAAAGUUUAGCGAGACAUUCUUGCGUUAGUUUUUUUUCCCUUUACAGCCACGUAAAAGUAUGCUGCAUUUCUGUGUUCUGCAGUAAACGGGAUGCAGUUUGUCUGUUUUCUCUGUUGAACUUGUCUGCUUCUACAAGGGCCAGGUCCUGCUCGUAAGAAUGUAAACACUGUCUCAGCUGCUGCACCGACUAACUGUUGAUACAAACAACUUUCUCAGGAAUCGGCAAACAAAAAAAACCCUUUUCUUAUCAAACCUGGCUCAGGAAAGGUUGUUGGCAAUCAAAACUUAUUCUCACUUUGUCCUGGUCGAGUUUCGUGGCUACUUGCGGGGGGAAAUGAGCAACAUUCUUCAAAUAAAUAUGUUGUAAUGGAGGUUGAGUAGUGGCAGCUGAUGAACUGUCCCUUAGACCAAAAUGCUUAAACAACCUCCUUCACAGAUGUACGUGAAUGAAUUGUAACCGCACCAGACACACUUGAGCAUUCCUAUACUUUUUGUAGUUGUGUGGAUAUACCCGUGUCUGUGCCUUUCUUUCUUUUAAAAAUUGUUUUUUUAGUUUUAUUUUGAAAGCCACUUUGAUCCCGUAUGGCCAGUUAAAACGGUUUAAGACGAAGGAUUUAAUUUUGGCUCAGACUAUCACCAACGCAUUUUAUCUCAUGACUGCCCGCCGUUUUGUUUUUUUAUUUCUGGGGAUCCAUACCACUAUCAGAAGUUAUUCACAUGUAAUUCUUCCACAUCUUGAUCUACAGUCUUACGCCUUACUUUGCAUCCACCACAUUGCUUUGCCUUGAUUUGGAAACAACACUGCUCCUAAAUGCCUUCUUUCUUUUUUGUGCAUUUACCAGCGUUGUUGACGGGAGCGGGAAAGUCGUUCAUUAAAUCUUCCGUUUCUUCUUAUCCACAUGUUUAUCUUUGAACGCAUAUAGCCCAAUUAUUUGUAUCUAGAAACUGACUGCAAGUCAGUUAGAAGCUUAAUCUUUUCUAGGUGAUGUAGCUCUUAGGUGUGUCGUUGCAGGCGUAGAGCUGUAUUCAGCCUUCCUGUCUUACAGUCCCACGUCACUUCCAUCAAGUCCUUUGGGGACGGCGACGUUUGAGGCCUCAUUUAACCAUAUUAUGCUCAUCUAUAUGUGUAUGACUAUAUAUUCAUUAAUUUUUUUCCUUUUCAAUGUUAGUUCAUGUGUAUUUUUUUCUAAACUUAACUGACGCCCGUUUGUAGCGGCUGACUUAGUGCCUUGAUUUUUUGGCUUUUUAAUCUGAGGCUGUAACAAGCCUGGUCAGUUGACUUUGUUUACCCCUCUUUCGGGUUUUUUUUUUUGUUUGUUUUGAAUCUACCUGUUUGAAAAGAUGCCUUUACCCCUUCAUAUUCAGGUAAAGCCACCUGCAAGAGGGCAGCUUGGAGGCAUUUGUCAGUUGAUGGUAAUAACAGUCUCGGACUGUGUUUAAAAACCCAGCAUUUUCUUUCCUUAAAUUCAGGAAGCCACAGUUGGAGGGCGGGACCGCCCUCGCGGUGUUAGUGCACUUUUCCUCGAUAAGUCGGAGUCGGCGCCAUCACGCUGAAGUCUUAAAUGUUGACACAUUCUCGCGUGCUUCAAGCACCAGUUUCCUCAAACUACACACCACUGUAGUCUCGGACCAGUUACAGAUGUACUCUGUCUCUAUUUUUGUAAAAGAUUUCUUAUGCAUGACUUAACGAAGCUUCAUGUAGCUGCAGACGGUUAUUGCUGUUAAGGACCAAAGUUUGUUCUACCCCUGCUGUUGUGUAGUGAUUCAGUUUCAUAAGGAUUUGUUUUCACAUUCCUGCUGUUCAACAAAAACAACACAAAAAAAAAACAAACCAUGAGGCUUUUGUACUCUGGGUUCCUGCUCCUCGGAUGCCCGGGACAUGUCUUGUGAAGUUGAAAUGCUUUUGAGUAACAACAUAUACUGUAUAUUGUAUCCCGUCUUUUGUUUCACUUUAUAAAGAGCCUAUAUUGGUAGAAGUUGCUUUAGAACAGAUGCUUAUUGAACACAGUCCUAGCUGUGAUGUCGACAGUGUAGGAGGUUAUACGCCUUUCCAUUGUGUUAAAAAGCUUUUAUUUUUCUUUUUUUUUUCUUUUUAUAUGGGGGCGGGGUGGGGAUAUUGUAUGAAGCGGGGUUGAUGGUUGUAUAUAUUCAUGUUUUUGUACCACAAAAUAAUUUGGAUUAUAUCCACUUUACGUUCAAAACAUGUAUAUUUUGAUAAGCAGUACAGACAUAUAAAGCUCUCCUGAGCUGUAAAAUAGAAAAACAAUCUUUUGUAACACAAAUACAUUAAACCAAUCUGAACACAGAAGUGUCUCUGUAUGUGCCCCCCCCACCCCACACCCCCCUUUGCCAUUCUGAACUUGUCUUUUGCAUCUUCUGCUGCCUUCAAUAAAUCUUUAGUUUAUUCCUUCUUU